CUUGUUCCAAACACACUUCCUAACAAACAUCCUUUUUCAAAAUAUGGCUUCUUCUUCCUCCAUGGCCUUUGUAGCUCUAGCUUGUCUUCUUCUUCUUUCUAUGGGAAGUUCAAAUGCCCAACUCUCUACGAACUUCUACUCGAGCUCUUGCCCCAAUCUCGAUUCCACUGUAAAAUCUGUCGUACAAUCCGCUAUCAAGAAAGAGUCUAGAAUGGGGGCUUCUCUCCUUCGCCUGUUCUUCCAUGAUUGCUUUGUUAAUGGAUGUGAUGGGUCACUUCUACUAGACGAUACAUCUAGUUUCACAGGUGAAAAGAUGGCGGGACCCAAUAAUGGCUCCGUUAGAGGAUUUGAAGUGAUCGACCAAAUAAAGUCUGCAGUGGAGAAAGUUUGCCCAGGAGUUGUCUCAUGUGCCGAUAUAUUAGCAGUUACUGCUAGAGAUUCCGUUGUCAUUCUUGGAGGACCAACAUGGAAUGUGAAGCUAGGCAGAAGGGAUGCUAGGACAGCCAGCCGAACCGCUGCUAACAAUAACAUCCCACAACCCACUUUUAGCCUUACUCAACUUAUCUCUAGCUUCCAAAAUCAAGGCCUUUCUACCACCGAUAUGGUCGCUUUAUCUGGCGGACACACAAUUGGACAAGCAAGGUGCACGAGUUUUAGGAGUCGUAUAUACAACGAGAGCAACAUUGACGCAACAUUUGCAAAAACAAGGCAAGCAAAUUGUCCAAGACAAAGUAACUCAGGGGACAAUAACUUAGCACCAUUGGACCUCCAAACCCCAACUUCCUUUGACAACAAGUACUACAAGAAUGUUGUCAACCAAAAGGGCCUGCUACACUCUGACCAACAGUUGUUUAGUGGCGGCUCCACCAACGCUCUCGUCCAAACUUACAGCAGUAAUCCAACCAGAUUUAGCACUGAUUUUGUGGCUGCAAUGAUCAAAAUGGGUGAUAUUAAGCCGCUCACUGGAUCUAACGGCGAGAUCAGGAAGAACUGCAGGAAGACUAACUAGUUCCAUUAAGAAAGUUCCUAAUACGAGUAAAAAUCGUAUUUCCAAUAUGUUGUUUCUGUUCAGAUUAUAUUAAUCUCUAAUUAGAAGCUUAAAUUUUUAGUUUGUUUUCACAAUUGUAGAAGUUGUCUUCCAGAUUUAUUAAUGAAUGAUUGAUUACAAAGUUAUAUAA